GCUAUGGCGUCUAUCGAACGUGUGUAUGUGUAUGUCAUUAGUUUUAAUCCGCAAUUAACAGCUAAUUAAGCGGUCGUGUACGUGAACUGCAAGUCGAAUUAUACCUGUGCGGGAUUCAUACGAACGCCGGUUGCCAAACAACGUGAUUUCCUAGUGUUCGUCGUAAAGCCAGAUCGGCUCGUCCAAAAACAAACAUUCUGAGGUGAUUUCAUUCAUCCUGUUUGACAGCUCCUGGUCUAAAUUACAUAUUUCGAACAUUAUGAGCACCUCGUACCGAUUUGUUCUAUUACCUAGCCACGAAUUGAACUGUGCUUCCGCUACGACCAUCUCAUUAAAACAGUAUGGUCCAAAUCGCUGUCGAUAGAGUUGUUCCCCAGCUCGAGAAUGUGACCAAGCUGAUUUCUCAACAAGCAUUAAAGAAAAUAUAAUAACGAACAAAUGCUUUAAGUGAUGUAAAAAGAACCUUAGUGUUGCUUAGGACAGUGACAAGACAUUCCAUGAUUGUAUCCAAAAUUUUAAUGAGACACAUCGUGACUUAAUGGACUUUACACAUCAUGUCAAAUAGUUUGGACAGUUUUUUAACACGUAUUGGGGAUGUCACUAUAGAACGUGUGACUCCUCGUUCUGGCUCUAAGCCUAAUGAAAUAGCAAUGUCAAAUGAAACAUCAACAAAUACAAACAUGAACAAUGUAGAACCUCAAACAGGAAAUGAUGAAAGUUCAGAGGAAUCUAGUGGCGAAACAUCUGAUGGAGAGCACGACAAGAAAAAUGAUGCACUGCAGUCAGAGGAAGUAGAAGAAAUACGUUCAGAAGGUUCAGGAGACGAUAUGGAUUUAGAUGAAACAAUUGAUUCACAAAUUGGCGUAAGAGUGGAACCAGAACGGCAGCAUCAUUCUCAACCUGAAGAUGAUGACGAAGAACCAGUUAAUAUAUUGGAUACUUUGCCAUUGGAAGGAGCUCCCAUAGAGGGUCAAGAGGUAUCUGAAGCAGAUUUACUUGGGAAACCAAUUUUAAAAGAUAUAGAUGAUGAAGAAAGCAUAGAACAUGAGAAUGACAAACAUGAAGGUCAUUCCAUGGAAGAGGAAGGUGCAGAGGGUAAUAAGAGACAUGCUGAUUCAGACCAUUCUGAUACGACCAAAAAAAAGCAGAAAAAAGAUGACGGAACAGAAGGGUCUACAUCAGAAUGUGAAUCAAAGGCAGAAAAGAAGUUAGCAAAUAUGAGGAGGAAUAUUAGAGAAGUCAUGGAUGAGACUCAACUCGAUGAAGCUACAUUAUCAGCUCAAAGACAAGAGAUGGAACGUCUUCGAAGGGUACAAGAACAGCAGAGAAUUAUCCGUGAAGUUCAACGGCAGAUAGCAAUAAAUAGGCAGAACCAUAAAACGCAAACAAGAGUGAUUAGUCUUUUACAAGGAAAACAAAAUCAAGCAGGCACUACUACUAUUUCACAAUCGUCAUCCUCUCCAUCUACGCCAGUCCGUUUGCCGAAUACCGUGUUUCUUAAAGUAAAUUCGGGAUCUGGGUCUGGAUCCCAAACUACUUCUAGUAUGCCAGCGAAUCAAAUGCAAAGAAGAUCUGUUGAAAGUACACGAUGGCAAAAGGGUAGAGGCGUCUAUCAAGGAGCGCAAACGUCAAUUUCUCGAGUUGGAAAUCGUGUCAGCGGACCUAAUAUGUUGCCACAAAGAAUUCGAAUGAUGACACCUUCUGUGAGCAUAUCGCCUGUGGUUCCUAAAAAAGAACCGAUCGAUAGAUCUGAAUAUUAUUCAGAUUCCGAAAUGUCAGACGCAGAAGCUGAAGAAGUUCUGCGCGAGAAACAAAUGCAUGCCGUCAAAAAGGCAUCGUUUAGUUCAAAAUCGCAGAAAGCGCCGAAAGGCAAAGAUGUGGUCACAAUAUCUAGUUCUAGCGAAAGUUCGGACGACGACUGUAUAGUUUUAAGUGAUCCGAGUGGAGAGGAAGAAACAGACAACGAAGAUGAUCCAUCCAAUUCUGGCAUGCAUACGAAUGAUAGAUAUAACAUUCCAGAUGAACAUGGUAGAGUGUUGAUAAACGUGGGUCAUCCUGAAACAGAGCCUGAUGUAUAUUUAGCUCCACAGGUAGCUCGUAUUAUUAAACCACAUCAAAUUGGUGGCAUCCGUUUUCUUUAUGACAAUAUUGUCGAAAGCAUUGAAAGGUACAAAACUAGUUCUGGUUUUGGUUGUAUUCUUGCUCAUAGUAUGGGUUUAGGAAAAACACUUCAAGUUGCUAGCUUUUGUGAUAUUUUUUUUCGCUGUACUUCUGCUAAAAAGGUACUUUGUAUUAUGCCUAUAAAUACAUUGCAAAAUUGGUUAGCAGAAUUUAAUAUGUGGUUACCGUAUGAGGAUCCUAACGCUCCGGAGAAACAAAAUAAAGGCUCGGUUCUUAAAUCAGAGUCUAACAUAGAGCUUAAACAAGAAGUUAAGGAGGAAAGUGGGAAUCAGAGUGAUAUGUCAAAUAUGUCUAGUAUGUCCAAUGUCUCGAGGCCUAUUAGUACGGAAUCAGCACACCGUUUCGGGCAAGAAAGUGCAUCCCAAACUAUGAAUAUUAUGUCAGAAAAUCCGUAUCUCCAUCAGGGCUAUGAAACUCAUAAUAUGAUGUCGUCUGGUUACGUACAGGAUAAUAUGAUGAGUAAAACCAUGCCAGAUUCGCAAGUGCACAUGAAUGAAAAUUAUCAUAACGAUAUGCCACGAAAUGCAUUAUAUAAUGCAACUCCAAAUCCAAUGCCAAAUUUUGAAUCGAUGAAAACAGAAGUAAAUUGCCAUGGUAUGCAACAGAGACAAAAUAUACGAGAUGGUAAAUACGGAGUUGAAAAUCAAAAUUCUGGUAACGUGUAUCCUGGUUUAGAAAAUCGGCCCCAGCCUUCUAUAUAUACAGGAGUAGAAUCUCGAAACCCUAAUACAUUAUAUCACGGGGUUGAAAAUCAUCCUGGGCCAAUGUAUCCUAAUUACGAUAAUUCUACCAAUACUUUCCCCAAUUACACAAAUCGAUCAAUUCAAGAAUCAGAUCAAGAAUUAAGGAAAGAUUGCUUUAAAAAUGCUUUACCUCCUAUGAAUACAGAAGUUAAUGUAAAAAGAGAGCCUGAAGAACCUAUGAAAAAAGAAGAAGGUACUUGCACGACAAAAGAAGAGAACGUUAACGAAGAAAAGAAGGAAGUUGAGAAAGUUAAAACACCAUACAGCAUUGACUCCCCUAUUGGUAUGGAAAUGAGACCACGACAUUUUCGUCUGCAUAUUUUGAACGACUCCCAUAAAACGAUGACAGCAAGGGCGAAAGUAAUUCAUGAGUGGCAAGUUGAUGGUGGUGUGCUGUUAAUUGGAUAUGAAUUAUUCAGACAAUUAUCUCUUAAAAAGCCAAACAAAGCGAAAAGAAAACGCGGGCAGCCCUUCAAGGAUACUGUUGAUGUCGAAGAGGAAGACAAGAACAAAGGAUUAUUAGAUGAAAUGCAUGUAGCCUUAGUCAAUCCAGGACCUGAUCUGGUCAUAUGCGACGAAGGGCACCGAAUUAAAAAUUCUCAUGCUAGCAUUAGUAUGGCUUUAAAACAAAUGCGAACAAAACGUAGAAUUGUACUGACUGGUUAUCCAUUACAAAACAAUUUACUGGAGUAUUGGUGCAUGGUUGAUUUUGUAAGACCAAAUUAUCUGGGUACUAAAAGUGAAUUCUGUAACAUGUUCGAGAGACCAAUUCAAAAUGGUCAGUGUAUUGACUCGACACCUCAAGAUAUACGUUUAAUGAGAUAUCGCGCACACGUUUUACAUGCCUUGUUAGAAGGUUUUGUACAAAGAAGGUCCCACUCCGUAUUGCAGAUUUCCUUACCGCGUAAGGAAGAAUACAUUCUUCUUGUUCGGAUGACAACGCAUCAGCGGAAAUUGUACGACACCUUCAUGAAUCAAGUAGUUAAAACACGAGCUGUACCUAAUCCAUUGAAGGCUUUCGCAGUGUGUUGUAAAAUUUGGAAUCAUCCUGAUAUUUUGUACCACUUCUUACGUAAACGGCAGGCUAAUGAAGAAGAUGAUUUAGAUUUAGAAGAAACAAUUGGUGAGAAACCUGCUCCUGGAGGUAAACGGUCAAAAGCUCGACAACCAAAAGGAGAGUCCAAAAAGGGAAAGAAAACGAAUACAACUAUAAAAAAUAAACCAGCCGCUAGUGUGCAGCCCAAUGCCUCCUCGUCAUCCAACACUGAUAAUGCUGAAAAUGAUAAUUCACGUAAUACUCCUAAACAAGGUAACUAUUCUAAUUACCCUCCUAUGACGAUGCCUAAUUCCAGCUAUACAAAUUCUGUGCCACAAAAUUCUUAUCCUCAUGGCUAUCAGAACUAUAGAUCGAAUGAUCAAAACACAUAUUAUAGGAAUGAUAAUAAUCAUACGGAGUAUAAUGAAUUUUACAAUAAUCAAGGAUCACAGAGAUAUGGAAAUCAGUCAUUUCAAACAUAUGCACAAACGCCAGGAUACAGUACAUCACAAAAUUAUUCUCAACAGCCACAAAAUUACAUGCCAAAUAAUGAACAGCCUACAAAUAAUAUUUCUCAAAGAUAUCCAACAGCUCCCAGUAAUUCAGAAUUUCGUCCGGAUCAAAAUCAAGGGAAUAAUUACGAUGUACCUGGGAUGUUUUCACGUCCGUCUUAUCCUUAUCAAGAUCAUGGACACAACUAUGGAUCAAAUUUGAAUCAAGGAUCUAAUAAUUAUUCUCAAAUCCCUAAUCAAUCUUCUUUCCAAUCGCAAAUGCCAAAUCAGUCUGCCAACAUGCCGCUACCAGAUUAUUCGCCGUAUGCAGCAAAUCAGACUCAGAAUUAUAAUUCUGGGACAGGUCAAACAAAUAACAUGUAUUCACGAAAUGACAGCCAGACAUUACAGAAUUCUACUUUGGCGUACAAUGCAAAUCAACAAAAUCAAAAUUCAACGUCUCAAACACCAACAAGCGGAUAUCUUCCAAAUCAGCAAGGGCAAAGUGCAACACCCGGUCAAAAUCGUGGUUUUUCACCUAAUCAACAAAGUCAAAAUCUUCCUUUACAAAGUUCUUCGCAUACUUACGGUGGUUCGCAAUCACAAAAUAUACCAAUACCUAAUCAGCCACACAAUUAUCCCGCUCAGGUAAAUUCAAAUCCUUCGUCACAAACAUCGCUUGCUUUCAAUCAACAAUCUCCAAAUCCUAUGUCACAAAAUCAAUCUAAUCCGUACAUUUCAAAUUCGUCUAAUCAAACUCCAAUUCCACAAAACCAAAUUCGUGGAUAUUCUACAUCAGCUCAGAACCAAAUGAACGUGCAGCAAAAUUCCUCGUAUCCUCCUAAUCAAUUAGCCCCAAACGUACCCACGCAAGCACAUGGGUAUUCUCAAGAUCAACAAGGACCAGUGUCUAAUACGCAAAAUAGUAUGCACGGAUAUUCACAUCUUGUUUCUUCAACAGCACCACAAAAUCAAUCUUAUCCAUCCAACGUACAACAAAACCAAACAGGAACAACGUCAAAUACGAAUCAUGCUUAUAAUUCUAAUCCUCAAGGUUCAGCGCCGAUAGCUCCUACUCCAACUCAUAGGUACGGCAAUUCUCAACAAGGACAAAUGCCACAACCCCAGAAUCAAUCUCAUCCAUACUCUCAAAAUCAGCAAGCACCGACCUCUUUAAAUCAAAGCGAUCAAAUGUAUCCCAGGUCGGAUAAUCAACAACAAACUCAGAAUUAUGCGCCAACGGCUAAUGCUUCGCACGAGUUUUCAACAGAUCGUCAGAGCAAUAGUUCAUCAACUAAUUCUACGAAUAAUUAUCCAGUGAAUCAGCCGCCGCCUCAAAAUGCUGUAUUAUCGAAUUAUCCAUCAGAUAAUGCUCAUCAAAAUCAAGUAAAUCAAAUGAAAGGUUCGGAGGAUCCUUAUUGGCAGAGGAAUUAUUCUCAAUCAUUUCAAUCUGAUCAGUGUAACGAUCCUUAUUAUCGGGAUGUAAACCCUAAUAUGAAUCGAUAUCAGAGUAAUUAUUUCCCACCGCAGAAUUAUCAAAAUCAGUCUUAUAAUUACAAUAAUAAUAAUCACAACAUGGAUAUCAAUGCGCGAACAGAAGAUUCAAAAGUUCCACAGCCUACUACUCAUGCUCAAAGCUCGGCAUCUUCUGAGAAGAAUAAAAAUAACAAAGAAAUGACAUCAAGUAUCGGUGUCCAGAGUCAACCAAUUCAUCAGAAUAAUUUAUCUUCAAGCUCGGGAUAUAGUUCCGAGUCAAAUUGUCAAACUCCAGUACCUAGGUCUAUGCAAACUCUUAAUUCAGUACACAGUCCUCGACUAAAUCAAAAUGAUUUGGUAAAAGAGGAAGAAAAAGAUAAGGAAGAUCUGUUAGAUAAAGAAAAAGAAGAUAAGUCGGACGAUGAGAUUCUUACAAAAGAUGAGGAAAAGGAUUGUAAAAGUUCUCCAGGGGCAAAAGAAGAUCCUGGUAUCCCUUAUGAUUGGGCUACAGAAUUAAUGAAGGGCUAUGUACCAGGAUUAAUUGAUGCAUCUGCUAAAAUGACAUUAUUCUUUUGCAUUCUAGAGGAAGCAAUUAAACUCGGUGAUCGUGUUUUAGCUUUUUCUCAAUCGUUAUUUACAUUGAAUCUCAUAGAAGAUUUUUUAGCAAGAAACAGUUUGAAACAUCCUGAUGGACAAACAGAUGCUUGGAUUAAAAAUGUAAAUUAUUAUAGGCUGGAUGGUAGUACUAGCGCCCUAGAGAGAGAAAAGCUUAUCAAUGAGUUUAAUAAUAAUCCAAAAAUUCAUCUUUUUUUGGUUUCAACGCGUGCCGGUUCACUCGGUAUUAAUCUUGUUGGCGCUAAUCGUGCCAUUGUAUUCGAUGCUUCUUGGAAUCCUUGCCAUGAUACGCAAGCCGUCUGUAGAGUAUACAGAUACGGGCAACAGAAACCUUGUUUCGUUUACCGUUUAGUUACUGACAAUUGUUUAGAAAGGAAAAUAUACGACAGACAAAUUAGCAAGCAAGGAAUGGCGGAUCGUGUAGUCGAUCAAUGUAAUCCAGAUGCACAUCUUUCGUUGAAAGAAGCAACUACCUUAUCUUGGGAGUGGGAAGAAGAUAGUCAAGUACAAGACUUCUCUCAAUCGAAGGACAGUUAUACUGAUGAAGUUAUGCAUCGUGUAUUAGAACUUCAUUCUUCGCUAUUGACGAAACAGCCAUUUCAUCACGAAAGUCUUUUGGUCGAUAGAAAAGAUAAGAAACUUAGUCAAGCCGAGAAGCGACUGGCCCGUCGUGGCUACGAGCUUGAAAAAAUGGCAGCCAAUUGUUCCAGGCCUAGUUAUAAUUAUGUUCCCGGAAAUACGGCCACCAGGGGUGGAUUACAAAUUCGAGCAAUUCGAGGAGGUGAUACUAGUACUACUUCUAAACCCGUCGCAUCAGUAAGACCGAUGCAACAACGCGGUGCUGAAGGUUUGGGUACGCGUAACGUAACAGGAAGUCGAUGGAUUCCAGCCGAAGUAUGGCAAAGGCAAGGAAUGAGCGCGCAAGAAAUGACAUUACCUUUAGAUGUCGUUAUUCCUACCAAUUCACCUGAUAAAGGAAGUAUCGUGUUAAAAGCCGGUCAACGAGUAAUGGUGCUAAAAAGUCCAAAAGGCAUAUACAUGCAACUAGAAUCUGGUAAAAUUAUCGCUAUUCGAACUGCUCUUAAACUAAAUCAACAAAAGCGGGAAGAGGAGCCGAAGAAAGGUGUAGCAUCAAUAGCGCAAAGAAAUUCGAAACCUGAAGUUGGAUUCCCAUUGAGGAAUAAUUCAGCGAUUUCUAUAAUACCGAAGUCUUCUUCCAGCAAUCAACCGAGUGCUCGUUCAAUUAAUAAACCAGGAAGCGGCCCUAAUUACAGGCCAUUUGCUGAUAAAGAAGCUUCGAAAAGACCGAAACCUGUUGCCACCGCGACUGCUAAACCUUAUUUAAGUCAAGUUAACUUGACGAAUCAAGUUUCUUUGCACAGGUUAUCAAAAGUAAAGCAAGAACCGGUGGAUCAUUCAACAUUAGGAGAAAAUUCAAAUUCGUCAGACGGUCAACUUAGAACUGAACAAAGAGUGGAAGAAGUCAGAUUAGAGGAUGUGGUCGCGGAAGUGAGUUCGAAUACAGCCUACAGUCCUCCUAAUCAUAACCGUGUAACAAAUUCAGACACUGACAAUCCUGUACAAAAAUCAUCUGAGGAAAAUAAUCAAGUAUAUACUCCGGAUUCCGUAUCUGCGCAAGGUGUCCAAACACAUGACCACGCGGAAACGAAAUUGCCGUCAAAGAUUGAUAAGCAGUGUUCUACUCCAAUUGAGAAAGAAGUAACAAAAACACGUGCAACUGACACGUUAGCAAAUUACGAGCAAGGUUUCCAAACUCAAUCAGAAAAAAGAGAUAUAGCUAAUGAUGAAAUUAUAAUUGAAGAUCCCCCAUCAGUAUCAUCUCAAGCACAAUCGCAAAUACCAUCUCAAAUACCACAGCAGGUACCUCCGCAAGUGCAAACGCAAUCAUUACAAGUAUCACCGCAAGUACAGUCACAACCAGCGCAGUUACCACCACAGGUACCAUCUCAGAUGCCACCGCAGGUACCACCGCAAGUACCACCUCAAAUACCACCUCAAGUACCACCUCAAAUACCACCGCAGGCAUCACCUCAGAUUUCAUCUCAAUUAUCAACGCAAGCGCCACAACAUAUACCACAUCAAGCAUCGUCCCAAACACCACAAGUUGCUACGCAAUCGACGCUAGCUGCUGCUCCAUUGCCUUCGUUACUAUUGACCCAGCAGCCUACACCAUCGGCUAUGCAAAUACCAUCAACACCUACGUUAAGAGAUACGGAAGUCUCCAAAACUAUAACAGAUUCAAGUAUCGGCUCUUCUGCAACAUCCGUAUGUACUGAAACAAAUACAAUAACAACUGCAAAAACAGCAGAACCAAGUAUGCGUGAAACUUCUAUACAAAGUGAACCACCCAACGUUCCACAAGGCUAUCUUUACGCUCAAUAUCCACGAUACUACGAUUAUAGUGAUCCACGAUCAAGAUCAUUAUCUACUCCUUAUGGUACAUACUUCCCUGGUGUUCCACCUCAUGCAGCAAAUCCUAGGCUACCAAUGGAUACUGCUAAGACGCAAACAGACUUAGCAAAACCGAUCGAAGAGAGGACGAUGAUGAAUGUACCUUCCGCAUAUUCGCAAAUACCUAAUACAACUGCCAAAACAGUAGCCAAUACAACGGAAACAAAAGGUGCAGAAGCAAUGGUGACUACGACAAUUGCUGCUACUCCCACUAGAGACGAUACGCACAUACCUACUGCGUUUAGUCAUCCAACGAGUAGUCGUUACCCUGGACCGUAUCCUCCAGGACCGUACGAUCCAUAUUCACAACACUACCCUCCUGCGCCUGCCUCUUCUGCGACGUAUCCACCGGCUGUAGGUGCUCCCGGGUAUCCAACAUACGGUGGACCGAGCUACAACACGGAUUACGCUCGGAUGUACACAGCAUUUCAUGGCCCUCCUCCGCCGACUGAUCCAUAUAUACACAGAGGUUACGCACCCCCUUCUUCGCAUCCGCCAAAUUAUUAUCCUUCCUUCCCACAUCCACCGCCGCCUUACCCAAAUUAUUCAUUUUUGUCUCCAUAUCCAAAUCCCAAUAUACCUAGCGAGCCACAACCACCUGCUCAGUAGAAAACUGAGGUGGUAUAAUGAAUAAACAAUUAGUUCAAUAAUAAUUUCGUAUAUAAAAUGUUGCAUACUGCGAAAGUUCAAAGGCUAUCGCGAUUCAGAAGCUUAAUAGACUGAAGCUGUAAAACGCAUUGAUGUAAAUAUUUAGUCACAAGUAUUAUAUUAAGAUAAAAGGUACUUUUGUUUAAAAAGUACCGUGUUCCGUGUCGAAGGACACGAGAUAAUCUCAAUUAACUUCGAACUGUGCAAUUUGUUGAAACGUUUAGAAUAUUUAGCCUUGACUAUCAUGUCGUUUUAUGAUGCGUUUAUUUGAUUAAACAGUUAUCAGUGAUGAGUACAAAUAAUUUCUCAAUUUGAUAUUCCAUAGCUUUUUACAUAGGAAUACUUGACCUUCACAUACAAUGUAACCAUUUCGGUUAUAAUUUGUAUGAUAUGAAUUUUACUUCUUUUAUUGUAAUUUUAACAUUAGAAUAUUUUUUUAAUUUUUAAGCAUUUUACUGUUUUAAAUCAUUGUGUUUCUAUUGAUGAAAAGCUUAAAGAUAAGGAUGGUUCUAGGGGUAUUAAAUGAGAAAUAAUUUGUAUUUUUUACAUGGAUAAUAUCAAGAAAAAAGGAAUGCUGUAUACUAUUGUUUAGCUUUGUGUAUAAAUUAACUGCACUUUUAUAUUCUGUAACCAAAAGCAGGGAGGUAUCAUUCUGAACAAGCGUAAUACUCAGAAAAUAAUAUAAAAUAUAAGAGAAGAGUAAAAGCAUUCAUUAAAUUUUAUACACCAGCAUUCCAUACGCAUCUUCGAUUUUAUAUAUACAGUGAAUAGAAAUACACGUAACGUCGUUUUAAAAUCAAUUGACUUUUUGUAUGAAUUAAUUUGUAAAGAGUGAUGGAUCAUUACGUAUUAAUGAUAUUGUUUAAAGAUAUAUUUAAAAAAUGUACUAAUACUUUUUGGGAAGAUUAGGUACAUUAAAAAUUAAUAUUUUUAAUAUUACGAUUAAAUCAUGUAUAAUUUACGAAAGAGCAUUUUUUAUUACAUGCUAUUCAUCACUCUGUCAUAGAAAUAAAUUGGAGACUGCGCAUCGUUACUUCGGUUUCCAUAGAUACAAUAUUUAAUAACUAAAUAAAGGAUUCGGCUUCAUUUACAUCAUAUGCUCUGGAUCUUUGUGUCGCAUCUGAAUUUUUACAUACAUUACUACAGUAUUCACUUGGAACAUUUAGCAGCCAGUAUACAGUUUACAGCAUCCUUAGCAAGUUGUAUAUGACUAUGUAUUACCACUAAACGUUACUUCUGAAUAUGAAUUUCUGAAAUAGAUAUUCUCAAAGUAGCAUGUAGGAUUGUUGUUAACUAGGAUGUCUCUCUUACAGUUCAUGACUGUCUCGGAAUACGAAUAAAAUGAGGGAUUAGGGAGAACCAUGAUUCUCAGAAGCGACUUCUCAAACUCGGAACUGUGAUAUUUUGUCAUAUUCUCGUGUAACAUUUUUGCUUGUACAUUUUUUAUUUAGGGUCAAACUUUGACUUUGACCCUUGCAUAAAAUUAAGGCGCGAAUGAUGUUAGCGUAUUGAAUUGGUAUUGUGUAUUUAUGUUAAUGCAAGUCAAUCGGGAGUAUGAGCACGAGAUUUUUAAUCAAUUUUCCAAGUCGGGGGUAUAGAGCCGCACGCGUGUUUAUCAUGGUGCUCCCUUUUAAACAUAUAGGCAAAUUAUGAUAGAAAAUAAGCACUCACGCUGGAUACUAUUAGUAUGUGUUUCUGUAUUGAAUCUGUCGCGUGUUUGCUAGAAAGGGGGAAACAUUGACAUCUUACACAGUGUGUAUGUACGUGUUGUGAUUGCACGUUUUCUAGAUUUUAAGUGUACAGGUUUUACACGUGACGUGAAUAUUAACUUAAGAUUGGUAAGAUGUACAUCCGCAAACAGACGACAGAAUUCCAUUGCUAAAUACAUACGAGAUUAUAUUUACGAAAGAUGAAAUGAUUAUUUUGACUCUGUUAUAGCUUUUUUGCCAUUUACAUACUUGUAAAUACCCAUUAUUUACAUUUCAUACUUUAUUUAUUACUAUACAUUAUCCAUUAUCACUUUCUGAUGUCAGAGAAUUGCUCUUAUGUAAAAUAAAUUGUUUACAUGGAUCAAGAUUGGUUUGAUUGUAGUAUUGCUAUGCAGACAAUAUAAAUACAUACGCAUAGAAUUAAUAACUUAAUACUUAUAUAUCGGAUUAAUAAGAUUGCAAUUACGAAAUGAAUCUAUCCGUAAAAAUUUCAUUAUCCUUGCGGAAGCACGAAAACCUCCUUGAUUACAUCGUUUCGUUGUAUGCACAUUAUGCGAUUUAAUGUGUCAAGUACGAGUUAGGUUUAUUAAAAAGUUAUAAUUGA